ACGCCCCUCGCCCCGCCCCUCGCGACCGACCGGUGACGUCACAGCGCCGGCGCCUCGUCUCCAUGGCAGCGGGCGAAGCCGAAGGAGGAGGAUGUACCGCCGGGAGAAGGGCGUGGCGCUGAAGGGCAGCUGCUCGGCGCUGUACAACAACCUGUGCGUGCUGCCCCUGCCCGCCAAGCAGCUCACCUACUUGGCCGCCGUCCACGGCGCCUCCGUCCACCUGGUCAGCGCCUCGCCCGACGGGCUCAGCUGCUCCCACCGCCAGAUGCAGCCGGCCAAGGAGGGCAGCAGCCUGGCCGGCGCCGCCUCCCUCCUCACGCAGGCAGCCUGGUGUGUCCUCCCCUCUCGGACCCUGUUGGUGCUGACAUCGCAGAAAGGAAUCCAGAUGUACGAGGCAGAUGGAUCCAUUAUGGUUUACUGGCAUGCUCUGGAUGCUUCAGAGUCAUCACCAGGACAGGCUGUGUUUGCUCGUGGGAUCGCAGCCACUGGCCAGCGCUUUGUGUGUGUGGGGACGUCGCUGGGGUAUGUCCUUGUUUUUGAUAUCCCCGGCAAAGGCACCAACAUCACCUUGAGCGAGGUUCUGGAGGAGCACCAUGCUGCCGUCACGGAUAUUGGCGCUGAGCUCUGUGAGCAGCCGGAAGGAAGCAUUGACCUGGUGAGUGCCGAUGACUCGGGCGGGCUGUGUGCCUGGCGCUCUGGGGAAGAGUUCCAGCUGGUCUCCAAAAUCCCAGCUUCUGGGUGCCCCUGUUCCUCCGUCAAGCUGUGGAAUGGGGUGAUUGUGGCCGGUUACGGCAGCGGCCAGAUCCGUCUCUACGAAGCAGCCAGCGGCACCCUCCGAGCUGAGGUGGCUGCUCAUGCGCGCUGGAUUUACGCCCUAGACCUGGCUCCACUCUCAGGGAAGCUGCUGUCGGCGGCCGAGGACUCUUUUGUGGCUGUCUGGGAGCUGAUGUUCAACCUGGACACUGAAGACAUUGAGAUCAGGCACUGCCAGACGGAAUGUGUGACAGACACGCAAAUCUGCGGGGCCCGCUUCUGUGACCCAGAGGGCAGCACCUUCGCCGUCACCGGCUACGACCUCAGUGAGAUCAUCCGCUACGUCCAGCUGUAACACACACACACACCCAUGCAAACAGGCAGGGUCAGACACUAACCUUGGAGGGCAGCAUUUACUCUCUGGGGCUCUUGGACAUCUCAGCCAGGAGCCACCACUGGAGGUGCCGUCCGGAAGCUCUGGCCCCCAGGCACAUUCUGCUCGAAGCUCCGCUGGCUGGCUGGAGCAGGAACGCUGGGCCAAGUGAAGAAGAUCCCUGUGCGGUCAGAGCCCUUGAGACAGGCCCCGCCCCUUCCUGCCCAGAUGGAGCCCCCGCCCCCCCCACUCCUUCAUGCCGGCCCAUUCAGAGCCGUUCUCGUUUGGCAGGCCCCUCACCGUUGGGGACCAGCGGGGACAAUGUUAGGAAUGGAAUAAGCUUCCAUGUUACAAGGUAAUUUAUUUGUGUAUAUAGAGAAGAAUAAAAAAAUGGAAGCUGUGA